UGAGACAGUUGGCAGAGCCGUGUGGCCGCCGCGGGAGAGAGGGAGGACCGAGCUGGCGGCUGCGGAAGCCGGCCUGCCUGAGCCUCCCGUCCGCCCCUGCCCCUCCCGCAUGGUGCCGGCUCCUCUCUAAGCGGCGGCGGCGAGGCGUGAGGGACGCGCCGCGGAGGCGGCCCGGGCUCGAGGCUUCCCGUCGCCCGCACUUCCUCCUGCAGUGUCCGUGCGCGGCCGUCGCGGCGGGCGGGAUGGCGGCGGCCCGGGGCAGCGGCCGCGCAUCUGCGCCCCGGCUGCUUCUGCUCCUGCUGUUUCCGCUGUUGUGGGCCCCGGCGGGGGUCCGGGCCGUCCCCGAAGAAGACCUUAGCCACCGGAACAAGGAGCCGCCGGCGCCUGCCCAGCAGCUGCAGCCGCAGCCCGCGGCCGGGCAGGGCCCCGAGCCAGCCCGGGCCGAGAAAGGUUUUACACCAGCUGCCCCAGUUCAUACCAAUAAAGAAGAUCCAGCUGCCCAAACUAAUUUGGGAUUCAUCCAUGCGUUUGUUGCUGCCAUAUCAGUUAUCAUUGUAUCUGAGCUGGGUGAUAAGACAUUUUUUAUAGCAGCUAUCAUGGCAAUGCGUUAUAACCGUUUGACAGUGAUGGCUGGUGCUAUGCUUGCCUUGGGCCUAAUGACUUGCUUAUCAGUUUUGUUUGGCUAUGCCACCACAGUCAUCCCCAGGGUGUAUACAUACUAUGUUUCAACUGCAUUAUUUGCCAUUUUUGGCAUUAGAAUGCUUCGGGAAGGUUUAAAGAUGAGUCCAGAUGAAGGUCAAGAGGAACUGGAAGAAGUUCAAGCAGAAUUAAAGAAAAAAGAUGAAGAAUUUCAACGAACCAAGCUCUUAAAUGGACCAGGAGACGUUGAAACGGGUACAAGCACAACAAUACCUCAGAAAAAAUGGCUGCAUUUCAUUUCACCUAUCUUUGUUCAGGCUCUUACAUUAACAUUCUUGGCAGAAUGGGGUGAUCGCUCUCAACUAACUACAAUUGUUUUGGCGGCAAGAGAGGACCCCUAUGGGGUGGCAGUGGGUGGAACAGUGGGACACUGCUUAUGCACCGGUUUGGCAGUAAUUGGAGGAAGAAUGAUAGCACAAAAAAUCUCUGUCAGAACUGUGACAAUCAUAGGAGGCGUCGUAUUUUUGGCAUUUGCAUUUUCGGCACUAUUUAUAAGUCCCGAUUCUGGUUUUUAACAAGCUGUUUGUUCAUUUGUAUUUAAGAUAGGUAACUCUUGUCUUUAUGUACAUAGUGUACAUUAUAACUAAAAGUGAUGGAAAAUACUGUAUUUUGUAGCACUGAUUUGCAAGUUUGACCCAUUUAAGGAAAGUAUGUCCAAAAGAAAUAAUCAUUGAUUCUAUUUGCAACAUGGAUUUUUAAAAGAAA